AUGCAAUUUGUUCAGAUCCGACCCUUGAGUUUCGGUCAGAUCAGAUUAACGAAUCAUGUGCUCGAGAGAUCGAAUGUUGCUGAUGUUCUGUACAGGGAAAAAGCUCCUGUUCCACCGCAUAAUGGCUCGAUGCUCGUACGCGGGUCUUCCAUUGCAUCAAACCCUUCGAAUCUUCAACCAGGCCAUGCUCCAAUUAACCGAAUGAUACAUCUACCCAAAGUACUUUAUACAAAUCCUUUUGAAUCACCAGGUGUUGUAGAUGAUAUCAUACAUGAAGACAUCUUCAAUUUGUCGGUGCUUCGAAAAAGGCGCUUGAUGAUGGAUGUUUUGCCGGAUAGCAUGGGCCCGCAUGUCCCAACGCUCACGAUAAUGAAGCUAGAGUAG